AAUCGGUAUGCGUUGGUUACCAUGCAGUGCGGUCCAUGGGCUCAAGCUUAUUUAAUAUAACAACCUAGACUAAGCCCACUUCCGGCCUGGACUCAGCUGAGUAAGCUUUUCUUUUAGUAAAAAAAUUCAAACCAUUGAAAAUACUUCAAAACAACGAGCCUGAAAUGGACCAGUCCAUCCAAAACCUUAUCUAUUUCUUGCCUAUGUUUUAUUAUCCUAGCCCAUCCUCGCCUAGUCUGAUCUAGUCUAGUCUAGUCUGCAUCCCACUCGACACUCGGACUGGUUUGUUACUUCCUCUACUUGAACAUACAUAUGUGCAGUGUAACCCAUAGAAUUGUAAGAUUAGUAGAGCAUUUUACAGUAUUUCAUAGAAUGUUGUUAGUGAAUAUUUUUUUCAAUUUCGAUUUUUUAAGGAAUAUAUAAAUGCUAAAUGAGUAAUGAUUAAUGAUUAAUUUACCUACUUUUCAAGUUAUCAUGACAAAGACAAGGUGAAAAAACAUAAGUUCACGGGUUCUUCAUAUUAUUUAGAAUUAUUUAGCAUUAAUGGUUAAAGAAGUGGAUUUUUGGGGCCAUGUGUUUUUUUGUUUACUUCCAUGCAUUUGUUGUAUUGUUGUCACAAACUGCCAGAUUAAUCACGAGCCUAUAGUUCCCUGUUUAACUUUCUUCCUAUCACCAGAAAACACACGUCAAUCAUUUUUGAAGGAUGAGAAAAUAUUAAAGGAAUCAUAUAACAGUUUAAUACUUCAUUCUACAGUUUUAUGUUUCUUCAUAAUAUAUUCUUUCAUCUUCUCUUGAAAACUAAGAGUGAAAGAGAGAUUGAGUAAUAAUGUUGGAGUUUGGCAUUCAUGCAAAUGGCAAUCGUGGAGCUGUUUCUGAUGACUCUCUUCGAUUCCUCAAGUCUCUUAAGGAGUUAAAGGAGUUGAGGGCUCAGAUCCAUACUGCUGCUGAUUAUUGUGAGAAAUCUUAUAAGAAUUCCGAGGAUAAGGCGAUAGUUUUGGAGAAUACAAAAGAAUACUUAUGUAGAGCAGUUGUUACAGUUGUUGAUCACCUUGGAAGUGUUUCUGCUAGUCUUGAUGGCUGCAUUCAAAAGAGUGACCGCGCUAAUGAAACUGAGCGACGAAUUAAUUGUCUAAAACAGAAACUUGAUUCAUGUGAUCAGUACAAUCACAACUUCACCCUGACUAAGAUACGAUGGACUAAGGAUUUGCCAAGAUAUUACACUCGAUAUAUCUCAACACCAUCUGAUUCAAGUAAAGAAUUGAGGUCGGACUUGAGGGAACCUAAUCAGCCAACCAAUAUCAAAGGAGUUCUUAGUGAGCCUGAGUUCAAGACUAUCGAAGAAAUGCCACUUUUCAUGUAUACAAUCUUUAACAAGAUUCGUCUAGGUACGAGUCCAAGGUCACCACUUGACAUUGCACCCAAAGAAAUCACUGUCAUGCCCGUAUGUGAAGGAUUCUCUGUCGCACCCAAGUUGAUUCGGAAUCCUUCUUUCCAUUUCCAGGAUAAUAGGAAACCUGGUGGGAUCAGAAGACUACUACUGUCAAUACAGAGGAAAUCUGUGAAUGAUGAAGAAGUUAUAUCAGUUCCUCGAAGAAGUAAAAGGGGGGCAUCAAGAUUGCUUAGGCUUAAACUUUAAGCUUCAUUUCGAGUUUUCAUUGUAGAACGUAGAGUGUCAUUUGUCUUUAUGGAAAGGUACCGUUGUUUACAUCAGUCAUCCCGCUAAGCACAGUCCCUGCAAGAUUGUAAGCUGUUUGAACUCUGCAUCGUCGCAUAAACUCAGAAGCGGGGCAUGGAGGAUGAACACUGCAUAAACAUGUAAAUGAUAAGACUGUACUUGUGGAUAUAUCCUAUAUAUUUAUGCUUCACUAAAUGUUGCUUUUGUGAUGUUUCAAAGAUUGUUCUUACAUUUCCAUUACAUAUUUGCUCCCCUUUGUUUAUAACCUCUUCAAUUCCUGGGAUGUGUAAGUUUGUAUAUAUCAAUCAAUUAAGAUGCCUUUUGAGAUGCCAAA